AAUGGUGGAAGCUCAAGGUGAAUGGUCAGAAGCUCAUGCAACUGGUUACAGUGAUGAUGCUGGCACUGGGACUGGGGGAGCUUGUGGAUAUGACGAUGUAUUCAAGCAUGGGUAUGGGCUAACAACCGCAGCAUUAAGCACAGCUCUCUUUAACAACGGCUACAGUUGUGGUUCAUGCUUCCAACUCCGCUGCUUCAACGACCCUCAAUGGUGCAGUACCAAAACCAUCACCGUCACUGCCACCAACUUCUGCCCACCUUCAUCUGAUCCCAAUGCCAAGGAUGGCUGGUGCAAUCCACCUCUCAAACACUUUGAUCUUUCUCUUCCCAUGUUUCGAUCAUUGGUUAAUAAUAUAGCUGCAGGAAUAAUACCGGUGCAGUAUAAGAGAGUGCCAUGCAGUAGACAAGGUGGUAUUAAGUUUGAAAUUAAUGGGAAUGAUAAUUUUCUUCUUGUUCUUGUUUAUAAUGUUGGAGGAGUUGGAGAUUUGAAGGCGGUGUCGGUAAAGGGAUCGAAAAGUGGGUGGACAACAAUGGGGAAGAACUGGGGAGCUAAUUGGAGUGCAAAUGCUAAUUUAAGAGGACAGAGCUUGUCUUUCUCGGUGACUACUAGUGAUGGAAAGACUGUGUUGUCUCAGGAUGUGGCUCCUCAGAAUUGGGAGUUUGGCAUGAGUUAUGAAGGAAAACAGAUCACAUGA